AUGGCGAGCCGCCACGUCAGCCGGCCGCCGCCCUCGCCCAACCGGACAGAGCCACUUGUCGCGCGCCUUCCUCCACCCGCCGAAGCCCGCCGGGGCCCGAGGGAGGCCCGCCCCAGGCCGGAUCUGGGCCGAGUCGUCCGCCCGCCGCCGCCUUUGCCCAGCGUCGAUCGCCGCCGAUCUCCGCCGCUCGCCUGCCGGCUCCACCGCACCGGAGCAUCGCCGGACUUCGUCAGUGCUCCCCUCCGCCACGCAGCGCUCCGUCGCGGAGCCUGUUUCCCACCGCUCGCAGCCAUGGCGCGCCGCCUCGUCUCCCGAGCGCCGCCAGGCCACCUUGCCCCGAGCCGCGCCACCGACGACCUCCAGCCGCCUCCCGUGCCAGGGCUCGCCGGCCGCCCUCGCCCUUCGUCGCCCCGGUCACCUUCGUCCGCCCGCGCCACCUCCCCGGCGUCCCCAUCGUCGCUGGAGCUCGCGGAGCUCACCGGAGACAACUCCGCACAAUGGCUCGCGGAGACCAUCAAGACGAUGACAAUGGAGUUACCGCAACAGAAUCGCGCAACUGGUCAGAAAAAAGAUGGCGAUGAGAAGAAGAAACAUUAUCGCAAUAGGGCUUCGCAAGAACACCUAACUAUAUUGACCGAGGGAUUUACUGAUGAGCAGAAGGGAGCUGCUGGUGAGAUGGGGACGCAUGCUCUGAUGGAUAUUCGGUGCAAGAACCUAGUGAACCCUGUAUGCGUCUGGCUUGGUGAGAUUUAUGAUCCUGCCUCCAGGGAAUUCGUGAUUCCGGGACGUGGAAGACUGCCUUUGGAUGAGGAAUUCACGUUCUGCACUUGGGGUGUGCCCCGUGGAGAAAUCAAAGUCCUAUAUGAGGUGAACAAUAAGAUCGAGGAAGCCUUGUUCGCCCAUUUGUUUCCUGGGAUGGCAUCCAUGCCGAAUACGACUAUGCUGGCAACUUCGCUGGAGGGCAUGAAAACCCAUCGCGAGGUUAUUAAGAUGAAGCUCCUCAUGUACCUAAUCUUAGCUGUUUUGCGCCUACCACAUCUCUUCGCCCAAGCAACAAGUGCUUCCCCAUCCUGGCAAAGCUGAAAGACGUGAAGAACAUAAAUUGGUGUAAAUUCAUUGCGGACUUCCUACAUGAUGCAUUCUCAAACAAGAUGUACCAGAAGGGCUGUCGCUUGCACUUGAUGGUACUAUUUUCAUACUCUUUGGCAAAUACACUUACCAUGGUUGAAUGCUUCCCCAAAUCAACACGGCAGCUGUUGAUAAGUGUGAACUUUACAAGAUCAUGUAUGGCAACCCUUUAUUUUUCAUUGUUUAUGUGAAUUGUUCACAUAUGAAAGUGACUUCUGUUUGAUCCUUGGCAUCUGUGGGUGCUGCCUACAAGGCAAUAGCAUUU